UGGCCACAAAGCCCUAGAAACCCCCGGUAUAUAAGGGGGAGAAGCCAUCCCCUCGCCGCCGCCGCCGCCCCGCCGUUUCCAAGAUGUCGAAGCGAGGGCGUGGAGGUAGUGCUGGUAACAAGUUCCGGAUGUCACUGGGUCUUCCAGUGGCAGCCACUGUGAACUGCGCCGACAACACUGGAGCAAAGAACCUUUACAUCAUUUCUGUGAAGGGAAUCAAGGGACGCCUUAACAGGCUUCCUUCUGCAUGUGUCGGGGACAUGGUUAUGGCUACUGUGAAGAAAGGGAAGCCUGACCUGAGGAAGAAGGUCAUGCCAGCUGUCAUUGUGAGGCAGCGCAAGCCGUGGCGCCGAAAGGAUGGUGUCUACAUGUACUUCGAAGACAAUGCUGGAGUCAUUGUGAACCCCAAGGGAGAGAUGAAAGGUUCUGCCAUCACUGGACCAAUAGGAAAGGAGUGCGCUGAUCUGUGGCCCAGGAUUGCAAGUGCAGCAAAUGCGAUCGUCUAAUCAAAGCAGCCAUUUGAAAGUUCCAUUAGCGUUUUGUUUGCUUGUCUUGACAGAGUUGAAAAGAGCUGCUAGUUUUGUAUCGACCUUAAAGUAGUUCCCCAGGAUUAUGUUUGUCCUGCUGGAUUAUGGCCAGUUAAGCUUUUUGAAACACAUUUGAGCAAUAUGAUAUGGCACUGAUGCUUAGCCUGACAUUUGGCCCGAGUUUAAACCGUAAUGCUUUGUCUCGGAAUUUUGAUG